UUAAUCGAAACACAAACACUACACGAACCAGGCAGAAACAACAGCUUAUCCCUUUUACAAUUCUGGUCGAAACACAGCUGUGGGAGAAGAGCACCACAUCAGAGAUUCCUCCUAUAUUCCUUCUCUCUCUCUCUCUCUCUCUCUCUCUCUCUCUCUCUCUCUCUCUCUCUAACUUUGGUUUCAUUGCUGUGUUGUGUGGCAACUUGUGUUGUACCCAUCCAGAAGUGUCCCAAACCCAACCCCAAAGUUAUGGGAUUGGCCUCUGUUGCUCACAAUGGCGUCCGAAUUCCAUUGAAGUUGGAUCACAUUCGCAGGCUUUCACACUCUGCUUAUGCACUUCACCAUCCCAUCUCUUCCUUUUGUUCAGUGUACCAUCAUCGACCUCCUCACCCUGUUCCCCUUUUAAUCUCCAGACGAAUUGGGCAAGACAAUUAUGCCUCAGAGGUAAAGAGGAUUAAUGCUCAACCAAAGGAUGACAUUGGCAAUAUUGACAAAUCUCCUUCUCAGGAAUCUCUAGCGAAUGAAGAUUACAAUUCCUCCAUUAGAAAUGUAGCCUUAUGGGUCUGCGCUGCGGUGGCAUUUGGUGUUGGUUUGGGUUUUAAGGAAGGUUUUGACAAAGCAUCGGAAUUCUUUGCAGGGUACAUAUUGGAGCAAAGUCUUUCUGUAGAUAAUCUCUUUCUCUUUGUUCUGAUAUUCAAUUACUUCAAAGUGCCGGUUACAUAUCAGAAUCGUGUGCUCUCCUAUGGUAUUGCUGGAGCAGUUAUCUUUCGUCUGACGUUAAUACUUAUUGGAACAGCUACCCUUCAGAGAUUUGAAGCAGUCAACCUUCUCUUGGCCGCAAUAUUACUCUACUCAUCAUUUAAGUUGUUUUCCAGUGAAGAAGAUGAAUCCGACUUAUCUGAUAACUUUGUGGUGAAGACGUGCCAGAAAUUUGUCCCUGUAACAACGUACUAUGAUGGAGAUCGAUUCAUAACAAAUCUUGGUGGGGUGUGGAAAGCCACCCCGUUGCUUCUUACGGUAGCUGUUAUUGAGCUCAGUGACAUUGCAUUUGCAGUUGACUCAAUACCUGCAGUAUUUGGUGUAACGCGGGAUCCAUUUAUAGUCUUUACUUCUAAUCUUUUUGCCAUUUUGGGUUUAAGGUCGCUUUAUUUAAUAGUAUCGGAGGGUAUGUCCGAGUUGAAAUACUUACAGCCCUCCAUUGCUGUUGUUCUGGGAUUUAUUGGGGUUAAGAUGAUCCUGGACUAUUUUGGAUUUCAUGUCUCCACAGAGGAAUCUCUUGGUUUUGUAGCCUCAAGUCUUACCAUUGGAGUGGUAUUAAGUCUGGCUAAGAAGUCUGAGUAACUCAGAAGCUCAUUUCAACUCAUCAUCGUCUCCACCCCCAGACACACCUUCCCCAAAACAAUGAAAACAGACCCAUCGUUUCUUCUUUUAUGUUGAAAACCCUCUAGUGAGGAUAAUUUGUUUAAUACAUUGGUUUCAUUUGCCAAUUGAGGAAAAGUUUGCUGAUUAUUCUGUAAAGUUGAUGUUCAAUGAUGAAGCAUAAUUCUAAGCAUCACUUUGGAAAA